AUGAAGUACUUACUCUUAAUAUGCCUUACGGCAAUCCCAUUCCUAUCUAACGCCCAGCAAACAUUCCAACAAUUCCGGUUUGACCUCGAUCCAAAUAUGCCCGCGGAAGAUCCUGAGACCCUCUCACAACUCGAAUCAGGCCCACGUCAGGCUCGACGCGACGCCAAAAAGCCGAAAAAGAUUCAAGUCCCCUUGAAGCGUGACACCCCUCGACAACAAAACAACGCUCUACCCUUGACUGAAUUUGUGCACCCUAACCUCCCAAACACCCCGACACCAACACACCCUGGUGUCCUCCCCGCUCAGCAAGGUGUUGCUCAGAUUCAGAGCCAAUUCCCGCAGCAGUUCUUGCCAGCAGCACCUCAACAGCAAGGGCUGCCGGCAUUUGGGCAGCAAGGAUUUGGGCAGCAGCAAAAUGGUUUUCUGCCGCCAGCCUAUAAUCAACAACAGCAAUUCGGCUUUGGUUCCCAACUUGCCGCCAACCAACAAUACUACCAACAAAAUCAGUUUGCCCCUCAACCCUACCUACAGACGACAACCCCGAUUGCCGCUAACCCUGCGAAAACCCCAAUCCCAUACCUACCCGAACUCAUCCCCCGCCAGCCAGUGCGCAUCAACCCAGCCCCAGCUGAUCUGGAUGUGACAAAUACGCUUCAAAUCGUUCCAACCGCUUCAGCUGCCCAAGCAGUACGCAAUGUCAUGCGCGAAAAGGGCUCCGAAGUUACUGCCACCGCUAUUCAAGUCCCAGAUGAGAUUGUAACUCCCAUCCGUGAAACCCUCACCAGCGCCUCGAUGUGGUUUGAAGAAGAGUUCGACACCUCUAAGUGCCAAUUGACGACCAUCGGCAAGAAGUUCCAGAACAAAUUCCCAUCCAGUGUAGCCAGCCGUACCAAAGAUGCGAAGCUGGCCACUUUGGUUGAAGCUCGUUUGGUAGAAUGCCAGAAAAAAUUUGAUGCGGGCCAUUGGGAUAAGGUGGACAAAUUGCUCGGGAAGAUGGUGGCGUUGAGCAAGAGCGAAGAAGCCGAUUGCCGUAGCGGUCUCGUCCAGGAGCAAAUUUCCUGCCGAAACCUGCUAAGCAUGGCUUGCCAGUUUGUCCAGCCAACCUUUGAAUUCCGCCUCGUACCAGCACGUAUGGUAAUUCAAGAAGCGCGGCAUGCUGAGAAUGGAUCAGAAAAAUGCCGAAACGCAGUCCGAACUGUCAAACAACGCCUGGGCCAGAAGCAU